AUGAGCGACUUCGAAGAUAAACUUCGUUAUGGCGGAGCUCACGCUGACGUCGAAGAUGGAGAGGUCAGUGGCCUUAUGCAAAUGUUUUCACUCAAAGUUCGGUGAUCGGCAAGACGGAAAAAAUAGUUUACAACUAUUUCAUGAAAGCUGUUCAGUUGACGGGCUUCCCAAUAUCAAGCUUUUGAAUUUUUGAAGUUUCACACAGCAAGCCUUAACAGCGGGAGAAAAGCUUCAAAAAUGUUCUCCAAAAGUUUUUGCGGCUGUGAGAAAAUUCUGAAAAAAUUUCGUUCAAUAAAAAAAUUUAAAUUUUUCAAAUCACAUUUUUUGAUCAGGGGUUGAUGGGUUGAUAAAUUUUGGUGAUUUUGUUCUUGACAGUACCUCGAAGUGCUUCAUAAAUGGUCUUUACAGUGAAAAUCCAGAAAAAAAAAACGCAAUGCAUGGUAUUGUUUUUUUGAACCGAGCGUUUUAGGAAGCAGAACGCAAAAAGCAAGAGCGUGAAGCUAAGAAGGCUGAAGUUCGCAAAAGGCUAGAGGAAGCGGGCAAGAAAAAAACCAAAAAAGGUUUCCUCACGCCAGAGCGCAAGAAGAAACUCCGUGUAAGUUGGGAAAUCUGAAACUGAAAUUGAGAAUUUUCGAAUUUAGAAGCUGCUCAUGAUCAAGGCCGCCGAAGAUUUGAAACGCCAACAGCUGGUGAAAGAGCAAGAGCGCGUCAAGGUACUCUCUGGUUCUCCAACAACCAAAACUCUCAAAAUGGUUUUUAGAUCCUUUCCGAAAGAACUAUUCCACUUCCUAACGUCGAUACCAUUGAUGACAAAGGUAUAUUUCAUGAGAAACUGUGAAAAACGGAAGUUCAGGCAAACUUGAAAAAAUUUACGAAGAACUGUUCCAACGUGUCUGCGCUCUGGAGGAGGAGAAAUUCGACAUCAAUCAAGUUCAAACACAUUCCAAGACUUUUCUUUAAAUUCAAAACAUUCAAAGGUUGUGGUCACCCUGGAGACAAACAUCAACUCCUUGAACAUCGAAGUCAACGACUUGAGAGGAAAAUUGUGAGAGGAAGUUCUCGGAACAUUAGAACACUAACUUCCAGCGCCAAACCGUCUCUCAAGAAAGUCAGCAAGUACGACAACCGCUUCAAGAAAUUGGCGGAGAAGAAAGACGAGAAGCAAGACUUCAGAACAAACCUGAAAGUUGUCAAGAAGGAAAACAUCAUAACCCAAAUCGCUAACAAGGUUCUCCUUUUGAUAAUUUCAAAAUAACGAAUUCAUGCAGAAGACUAAGAUUAAAGGCAGUAAGGGGUCAGACUUUCCACUAUUUGAAACGGUUGGAGAAAAAGAGUUGAAUUGCAAAUUUGAGGCUUCUCUUUACUGCACUCGACUUUAAGCCGUUUUCUGAAUUGCUAUGAGUUGCGCUUAAACAGUUUAUAGUCUGGAAAAAAGCAUCGAUACAAAGUAACCAUUAUGCGAGUUUAACCUUAAUGAAUAGAGAACAUUCAUUGCAAGUUUAUGAUCGAAUUUUUGUCUUGAUCAGGAAUUAUCGAGCUCAACUCCAUCAGUACAAAACGGAGAAAUUUCUAAUUUUGAUCCAAAGAUCCAAUUUUGCAGAAAAAGUCUGAGAAGCCAGCAUGGUCUACAAAAAAGAAGGAAGAAAAGAAGGAGGAAGUCGCCCAAGCUCCAGAAAAAACAGCUGAAGAGCCAGUUGAAGAAGGUACCAUUUUCAUAUUCGCAAUGAUUAGAAAGUUCAAAACACUCAUUUUCGUUUUGCAAAGAUUGACUGUAAUCUUGGGAUUUAAUCAUAUAUAAUUUUUCAGUUGAAGAAGACGAGGUGGAAGAAGAAGAAGAAGAUGAUGAGUAA